AUAUAAAUGCACAAAAGUGUCGGCUUUACAAUUUAUAUAAAUCUCUUUUUGCUUUCCUCUCUUUGUUUCUUUCUCUCUCCCUCGCUCGUCGCUCGCAAUCGCAGAGCUAUUGUAAGCUCUCGAACCUUCUUUCCUCCAUGGCGGCGUCCCAAGCAAGCCUCCUCCUCCAAAAGCAACUCAAAGAUCUUUGUAAGAACCCGGUCGAUGGGUUCUCGGCCGGUCUGGUCGACGAGACCAAUAUCUUCGAAUGGAGCGUUACAAUUAUUGGACCGCCGGAUACUCUUUAUGAGGGAGGAUUUUUCAAUGCCAUUAUGAGCUUCCCAUCGAAUUACCCAAACAGCCCUCCGACAGUGAAAUUUACUUCAGAAAUAUGGCAUCCUAAUGUUUAUCCUGAUGGCCGCGUAUGCAUAUCAAUUCUUCAUCCUCCUGGUGAGGACCCAAAUGGCUAUGAGCUUGCAAGUGAGCGCUGGACACCGGUGCAUACGGUUGAAAGUAUAGUUUUAAGUAUAAUAUCAAUGCUUUCCGGUCCUAAUGACGAAUCACCUGCAAAUGUUGAAGCUGCUGUGGUGUAAAACUGAUCAAAGAAAUCUCGUGCUUGGUAGAGAUUCUUGAAGAGAGUUGGUUGUGGACUACUUCUGACUUUGCAAAUUAAAUGUUAUAUUCCAGACACCGGAGAUCUAAGUGAGUUUGUGUAAUGCAAGAGACUGAAACUUGUACUGAUGGUCAUUCAGAGAAGUACAGGCUUCAAUGAUGGAGAUUAUUUAGUUAAUGAAGGAGAAUAGUGUUUACUGAUUUCUUGAUUUCAGUUAUCUUGAUGAUGUAAGAAAAGCUUUAAAAGUUCUCAAGACAAGAAGUUCUAUGUAAUCAGGUGGUAGAAUUAUCAAAGAAUAUCAUACUUUAGUACAAGAUCCUGAAUGGAGUGCUCAAGUGGGGGGUUAUUUCCUUGAUGCUGAGGAGUGUCUAAAUGUUGGUAUGUACUGAUUGUGGGGUAUACAAGUAAUCAAGCGAAAAUAGUAAUUACAAAUUUUGAUAUAUAAGAUGUUCUCAUGA